CUUAUCUCGCGGUGAACAAAAACCCGUCGCCGCUGCGCUCGCGCCCGCUCUUUGCCGGGGCCGAGUCCCUAUUGGCUGCAGUUUCUCCUCCCCGCCAGUCCUCCGCUGAUUGGACGGACGGUCCCCCUCUCGGUCCGCUGCACCGGCUGCACGAGAGCGGCGUGCGGCGCCCAAGACGCCGCGCGGCGAGAGUAGGAGCGGGGAGCACGGAGCUCAGAGAGAUCAGGACAAGUUAUUGACACGGAGGAAGCUGGGAGCGCAGCUGCGGAGAUUGUGUGAAUAGACGGAGGCCAUGUUGCCUCAGAUGAGAGCCAGCAGGGUCAGCUCCUCUCAACUGCAAGCUAAGAGUUGGACUAAAGUGCCCUCCCAAAGGUUGCAAGAAGAAUCGGACAUGGACGCACAACCUCACACUUUCAGCUUUGAUGAUGCAACAACAGAGAACUGAGGACCUUUCUUCGAGCUGCAAUGGGACUCUGUAGAGACACAGAUAAUAGAAAUCUCCUCAGUAGUCCUUAAUCACAACACCAGCAGUAGAGAAGACCCAUUUUCGGAAAUUAAUGUCAGCGCUGUUGUGGAGGCAACCAGAAGCUGCACUGAUGGAUCCAACACUACUCAUGGAGGUAUGGCCUCAACGUUUCCACCACUGCUGCCGCUGGUAAUGCCAGCCCAGUGAACAGCAAUGCCUUCUAAGGUCUCCUGCUUGUACUUGCUGACAGUGGUAUGCUGGGCCAGCGCUCUGUGGUACCUGAGUGUGUCUCGCCCUUCCUCCUCCGACGUGGGCCAAGUGUCUAUACCGAUGCGCAAAGCACCCAAAGUAAGCAAGAACUCCACGUUCAGCAACAUCCGCACACGCUCGCUCAACCCACAUGACUUCGGCUACCUUAUCAACGAGGCCAAAAAGUGUGAGGCUGAGCCGCCUUUUCUCGUCAUCCUGAUCAGCACCACCCACAAGGAGUUCAACGCCCGUCAAGCCAUCAGGGAGACGUGGGGCGACGAGACGACGUUUCCGGACGUACGUGUGUUCACGCUUUUCCUGCUGGGCCGAAGCACUGAUGCUGUCCUCAAUCAGAUGGUGGAGCAGGAGAGUCAGAUAUUUCAUGACAUCAUUGUGGAGGAUUUUAUUGACUCAUACCACAACUUGACACUUAAAACACUGAUGGGCAUGCGCUGGGUCGCCACAUUCUGCCCUAAGGCUCAAUAUGUUCUCAAGACAGACAGUGACAUCUUUGUCAACAUGGAGAACCUCAUCUACAACCUCCUGAAGCCUACCACCAAGCCAAGGAGGAGGUAUUUUACAGGCUAUGUCAUCAACGGUGGGCCAAUCAGAGACAUGCGCAGCAAGUGGUACAUGCCCAGGGAUCUCUACCCUGAGAGCAAGUACCCACCAUUCUGCUCUGGCACCGGCUACGUCUUCUCAACAGACGUGGCCGAGCUCAUAUACAAGACCUCUUUACACACCAGGCUGCUGCACCUGGAAGACGUGUACGUCGGCGUGUGCCUCCGGAAGUUAGGCAUCCACCCCUUCCAGAACAGUGGCUUCAACCACUGGAAGAUGGCCUACAGCCUCUGCCGCUACCGCCGGGUGGUCACCGUCCACCAGAUCUCCCCCGAAGAGAUGCACCGCAUCUGGAACGACAUGACCAGCAAAAAACACCUGAAGUGUUAGCAGACUAAAUGAUCCAUUCUCCAGUUGCUUUCAGGGCUUUCCUGUGCUUUGAAAGCUUGGCCAGGAUGCUUUACUGUGCAAGAAAGAACAAAGCAAACUCCUCUGGAUUAUCGUGUACGCUUAAACUUCAAGGUGUUUCAGAGCCAAAACGGCUGACAACGCGUGCAGAACCUCCUGGUGGUUAGUUGUCCGUGCCUGUAAACAUGUUUUUAGCUCAUCAUUUGCACAAGGCACAGACUGUCCCCAAUUACCAGGUGAGCAGAUGAGAUAAAUGCUGACAGACGCUCUGCUCGAUGCAGUCACAAGGUCUGAUUUUGAAUGUUCUUUAUGUAUUUGUUGUAUUUUCUGAACAAGGUAUUGAUACUGGAUAUCUGAUCCUGCAGUAGUCAUUGUGAGGACUAUAGUGGAUCUACAAUGUGAUGUUGAAAGCAGUAGUAUAUUCAUGAGAGAACAUCAAUGUUCUGCACAGAUAAACGUUUUACUUUCUAAGAGAUUUAAAGAGGAACCGAUCAGAAUGAAAACGUGGCUGCUAGCAUUCCCAAGUGAAUGUUAACCUCUGUUAAUGUGUGAAGUGCAGUAUUUUGUCUCUGGCAUCGCUGUGAGCAGGCUGCAAACUACUGUAUUUUCUAUUACUUGAACAUAGAGAGCAGGAGAAGUAUAUACUGAGAACAAAUCUUACUGUUUUUGAGUGCUUUUAUUUUAUUUUCCAUUACUUGAGAUUAAAUAAACCUGUUUCAUAAGA